UUGAAAGUAGCCGCCUUUCAAAGGGGAGUUGUAUAACUAGGAUAAUGUUUCUCGUAGGGAACAUAAUCUCAGGAUGUAUUAAGUGUACCUUCGCUACAUUCAGUCAUAAAAGCGUAGUUCGAUAAUAAGUAUGGAAACAGGAUCCAAUUGUUCUUAUGAUAAUCAUCAUCGUCAGUUAUUUAAAAAGGAUUCAUUAAAGUGUUUCUAUUCACAUCCAGUAACUGGUAAAAAUGAUUUACCAACAACACCAAUAACAACAAAUGCAAUUUCAACUGUUAGCCAUGAAUGUUCUAAAUUCGUAAUAACUAAUGAAACUUUAUCUCCACUCAAUAAUCAGAAUAAUUGUUCAAGUGAUUUAAAAUUCAUGGAUGAUAGUACUUCAUCAUCAUCGUCAUCAAUAUGCGGUUUGGAUAGUUUAGCUUGUACUGUCAGCGGUGGUGGAAUAUUAUCGUCAGAAUCACCAAGUGAUUUAACAGUAAUUACAUUGACAUCGAAUAAUUCUAAUAAAUCAUUAUCAUUGUCGUCAUCCUCAUCACAUACUCCUGCCACUGUUGCUACCGUUAUACAUGAUCUUGAUGAUUAUAGGAAUGGUUGUUCACAUAAUGGAUUACCUACUGGUGAAUCCUUACAAAAUACUCAUCAAUUACCACGUUCUUGUAUGUCUUUAAACAAAACCACUUCAUUUUUCAUCCCUCCUAAAUCAAAUAAACCUGUCGGUGGUGGCGAACAGUUGAAAGUGACUGGACCAUCAUCGUCAUCUGAUGUUAUGUUAAGUGCUAAUAAGACUUUAUCGAAUUUGUCAAAUCUUAAAUCACGUAUUCCAGUACCAGUUUCAUAUAACAAUAAUAAUCUUGAGAGUAGUCAUCGUCUGACAAUGAAGCCAAAUUCGACAGGAUCUCAGGUUAAUCAGGCUUCAAAAAAUGGUCCACUGAUAUCCGAUUUAUUGUUGAAUAAAGGAUCUGCACAUGGAUAUAAUCCAUCACCUGUCAAAUCAUCUGAAAAUGGUCAUAUUAAUGAUGAUGAUGAUAAUAAUAAUAAUGAUAAUAACAAUAAUGAUGAUAGCUUAGAUCAUUCAGACUAUUCGAUUAACAAAAGUGUAUCUAUAAAAACAAAAUGUAAGACUACACAUGCAUAUCCUCCACUACCACCUCUUUCAUCGAAUCGUAUUGAUUCUCAUAAAUGCACAACCAUGUCAUCGAAGCCAACUAAUCAUACCAUGUCCACAGUAGCACCACCAAUCCCUUUAUCACCAGUAACAACGGCGACGACGACAACGACAACAACACAUUUAAUGAAUAGUUUAGGCGAAAAUAUUGCAUCUUGUCCAAUUAAAUCACAUCCUAAUGAAUUAUUACAAGAUACUAAUGAUAGUGUUAAAAAUACAGAAAAUAAUUUAAAAGAUCUUUUACCAACUUUUUCAUCAGACUCAUCAGAAUCAGAGGACAGUGAAUCAACUACAGAAUCAAUAUAUCAUCAACCACCAAAAGCUGCAGAUCGUAGUGCAGCUUUUAGACUGGCUAAAAGACUUUUUCAUUUAGACGGUUUUCGUAUAACAGAUGUUGCCAAACAUUUAAGUAAACGGAAUGAUUUUAGUCAACUUGUCGGUGAAGAAUUUGCCAGUUUCUUUGAUUUCACCAAUCAACGUCUAGAUGUUGCGUUAAGAUCAUUUUUGAACAGUUUUUCAUUGACUGGUGAAUCACAGGAACGUGAACGUAUAUUGUUACAUUUUUCACGACGUUUUCACGCGUGUAAUCCAACUAGUUAUUCUUCUGAAGAUACUUGUCAUACUUUAGUCUGUGCACUUAUGUUACUCAACACGGAUCUACAUAGUCAAGGUAUAACAAAGAAAAUGUCUUGUCAAGAUUUUGUUAAUAAUCUAACUCAAAUGAAUUGUGGAGAUAAUUAUUCUAAAGAAGAUCUGAAAGUGUUAUACAAUGCUAUUAAACAGGAACCAAUACGCUGGCCUCAUUCUGAUGCAAAUAUGAUGGGUUUUGUUAAUUUAUAUUAUCCUGCACCACCAAAUGCUCUUGGUCCACCAGUGGUAGGUCCUCCAGUAGGUGGAUUUCUUACAGCAGCCAAUUUUUAUGCACCAAAUCUUCCUCAAACACAUUUUAUGUUUAGUCCAUUGCAAAAUACUGCUUAUCCUCCGAUGAUUUUCCCACAUGUAACAACAUCUCAACUAAAUGAUAAUGCCACUAUCACAUCUAAUUCCUUGUCGUCAGCGAUAUCUCCAUUGACCACUUCUCAACUAUCGUAUUCAUCACCCCACACUGGAAUGUCACCACCUUUCUAUUGGAACCCGAAUAAUUUCACUGCGCCAUUGUAUGAUGAUCAGUCGAAUUCCGGUGUUGUAUCAUUUAUGAAUUCAAACCAGUUAAAUGCCUCUGUGUUGCCAAAUCUUUAUACACAAUCAUCGUCUGAACAGCUUCAACAACAGGCAUUACAGUUAACUCAAGCAAAUCGUAAAUUGAAUGAAUCUUCUGGGAUAAGUCCUUAUCUAGAUUUAACGGCAGAAAUUAACGCCAAAGAAUAUAUGCGGGGUUUAUUAGCUCGUAAAUGGGUCAUGGAGUCAUAUAAAAAGAAAACUCCUGUUGGACGCCGUAGUUGGAAAUUGUAUUAUGCAAGACUACGUGAUCUUGUCUUAUAUUUAUAUAAAAAUGUAAAUAUUGCAAAUAAUGCAACACAUGCUGAAGAAUUACACAAUCUUUACUAUCAGCAACAACAACAACACCAAUACCAACAACAAAAUUAUCUCCAACAACUUUUUAUUCAACAACAAAGACAACAACAUUUUCUGUUACUUCAACAACAACAGCAGCAGCAGUACCAACACCUUCAACAGCAGCAUCAACAGUAUCUUCUACGUAAACACCAAUCUCCUGAUGAUGAUGAGGAAGAAGUGGAUGAGGUAGAGGAGGAGGAGGGUGAGAGUCAUGGGGACGAUGAAGGUGUUGGUAUUAAUGCUAAUUGCCAUUCUGACGGUAAGAAUAAUUCUACUGUUGAACUCUCAUCAUCAUCAUCAUGUAUGAAGGACCAUUCGUGUGUAGUAACUGAUACUGUUGAAAAUCAAUCUGAAAUUGGAAAUAUGAACGAGAAUGGACUCAGUGUUUUGUCUGUCAGUAAUGAUGAUGAUGAUAAUCUUGAUGAUUCACCCACAUCCAAACAAUUAACCACUUCCAUAGAAAGUCAACAAUCGUUUAACACUUCCGAAUAUACUGUUGAAACUGUAGAGAAUUCAUCAAAAGAACAUAUGAAUAUGAAUGAUGAUUUAGCUACAACAAAUACAUUACAAAUUUCAUUAACAACAGUUCCACAAAGCUCAAUUGUAACAUCAAACAAUUCUACUAACACUAUGACAUCGUCUUUUUCUACAUUUAAUCCAAUAUUUUCUACUCCUUACAUUACAACACAACAUCAACAACUGUCAUCAAUUCAACCAAUUCCAAUGAAUACUACAACUACUACACCACCGUCAUUUGUUCCACCGCCAAUUCCACCACCUGAAACAAUUAUUCGUCUAGCCCAUGCUUAUGCAUGUAGAGCUACAGAUUAUGUGAAAAAAUCCAAUGUAUUCCGUUUACGUACAAAAGAAGGUGGUGAAUUUUUGUUCGAAGUCAAUGAUGCAAAAGAAGUAGAUAUUUGGAUUGAUCGAAUUAAUUUUGUUGCAGCUCUUCUAUCUGCACCAUCUUUAGCAUCAGCUGUUAGUUCAGAGCGAAAUUUUCAUCGACCUCAUUUACCUGCAACAUAUACUAAAUUAAAUAUGCGUGAACAACUUGAGGAACAUCAAAAACGUUUGUUAGAGUUGGAUCAGGAAUUGAGUGAUUUACGUUCUCGUCUACUUACCACCUCUGUUAGUAGUAGUGGUAGUAGUAGUAAUAAAAAUCGUAAGAUUUCUUCAAAUGCACAAUCAUCAUCUCUUGAUGAAACUGUGAAAUCAUCAUUAUCUAAUGAAGAUAAUAUAUUAACUUUGGAAACUGUUAUUACCACCACUCCUACUUCUACUACUAAUGUUAAUAAUGUAAACACUGACGUGUUAUCCACAGUUGCUGAUAAUUUGACCAAUAUUACUACGACAAUAACGACUACUACUGCUACUCCGUCUGCCUCAGUAACAUCUCAAUCACAGUUGAACUCAUUAAAAUCCACUGAGACAAUCAAUACUAGUGCUUCAUCGACAUCUAUUCCAUUCUCAUCUAGUUCAUUCAUGUCCGUCUUUUCAACAGGUAGUCUAGGCAGACGUAGGAAAGGUAGUAGUGGUUCGUUAAAUUCCAACAGUAACACAACACAUGGAUCUGAUGGUAGUAGUGGUGGUCUUAUAAUCAGUGCUAAACAACGCGCGGAAUAUGAAGAACGUAUACAAUUCAUGGAAUCUGAGAUUCAACGGUAUAAAACUUACGCUCGUCUCUUAGAAACAGAGCUGUUCCGCAUACAACAGUCUUCAUCAGUCGCUGCUUUAGCUGCAAGUAAUCCUUUUGUUCCAUAUGUAGGUGGGGGUUAUCCUAAUGCUAUGUGUACUAAUCCCACAGUUGGUGGACCAAUUCAAUACAGUACUAUUAAUAAUGCAAUACGAACAAAUAUGAACUUUCCUAUUAUUGGUACAUCGCCAGCUCCACCACCUCCACCAAUGUAUUUUGUUCCUACUGGAUAUCGUGAUCGAAAUACUAGUGCCUCCACGGUUGCUACUAGUCGUGGUACGUCAGUUAUGACACAUUUAGCCGUAUUAGGUCCUCAGAAUCCAUUGAAUGAAGAAGUUGUACAAACGACAACAGGUUCUAUCGCGUCCGUUUCGACUACCACUAUUACUACUUCUACUAACACUACUGUAACACUAUCGUCUAAUAAUAGUAAUUCAUCGGAUGAAUUGAAUUCUAUCGAUAAUAAUAUUAUUAGUCCAGGUGUCAACAUCACUACUUCAUUAGCUUAUCCAGUGCAAUCUCAAUUAUUUCCAAUAAAUAGUACUAGAUAUAAAACAUUUAUAUCACCGUAUUUCACAUCACAGAUACCAUCGAUCAAUCCAUAUUCACCGUCUGUCAGUGGACGAUUUUAUCAACAACAACAACACCAGUCUAGACGAUUACGUUAUUCUUCACCAUUGAAUAAUCUAUAUCAUCAUCAACAACCACAGAAUGUUAUUAUCAAUGGCACGAUUAGUACUACUACUAAUAAUAAUAGUAAUAAUGGUCGUUUUAAUGGUCUAGUUAAUGGAUUUCAGUUAACUGAAGAAGAUUCAUUCAACGAUAAACUCCUCAUUACUACUAAUACUUCCCCAUCAAAUAAUAAUUUGAUCAUGAAUACAAUCACAGAUGAUAUGUCGUCCACGUGUAAAAUUGCAAAUGACUGUAGUAAUAAUUGUAAUAAUAAUAAUAAACUUAUACAAAAUUCCCAAUCAGUUUGUUCAACAAAUGGUCUAUUUUACGAGAUUGUAUAAUCGGUGUUAUUGUCAUUAACGCUAUUGUCAUUAUGUUGUUUCAUUCUCUUUAUUAUUGUAAUACUCUCUCUAAAAUCUUUAUCUCCUAUCUUUAGUUAUUGUUAAGUUCUGUCAAAAUGUUCCAUUCUGGUUUCAAGUUUUCUCUUGUUAUUAUUGUUUUUUGCGUAUAUAGCGCAAAUGCGAAACGUAACAGUCAGUCACGAUUACUAUUGUAAUGUAAUGUAAUGUUUUGUUUCACUAGUGUUAAUUUAGCUUUGAAUGUGCAUCGUAUGCAACAAUUAUGUGGAGUUAGUGUGGUGCUCAAACGGUUGUGUUUAUUUUGUCUCAUUUCGUCCAUUACUUAAUGUACUUAUGUGUGAUACAUAUUGCCAUAUGCAUUACCAAACUGUUUAAUGUGUUUAUUCAUUCGGUGUAUUCUCGACUUCUCUUCCUCUUAAGCUUAUUGAUUUAAUAUGUCUCUUUUGAUAGGUGAGCUUGCAUGUGUAAGCAUGUGCCACAUUCAUCAUUUUCUAAACCCUCUGUUUAUUAUCUAUUAGUCUUUUAUUAUCUGUUACAUCAUCGUAUUCAUAUCUUAUCUCUUUUCUGUACUCAGGUGUAUGUAUGUUACUGUAUAGUCAACUCUUUUUUGAAAUAGUCAUCACCUUCUUCUUACACCAAAUAAGAUAUCUAUACACAAGAUGAGCAUUUUUUUUCUCUGCACAGGAAGUUAAACUAGAAAUAUAUAUUUAGUAGGAAUUUGUUGUUGUUGUUGUUGUUGCUAGUUGAAACACUGUAAAAUUCAAUCAUCUUCCCUCUUUUCUUUUUCUCGUCUUUCUAUUCUCGUAUGUACAAUGUUUAUUUGUUUGUUUACAUAGUCAUCAUCUAGUCAAUGUGAAUUCCUUGAAUUUCUUAUAGGUUUCUAGUUUCAAUAUUCAAUUGAUCUCUUUUAGCAACAUUAUCACAACUGAUUCUUCACUCUUCAUAUUUUUUCCGACACUUAUUAUGGAAUUAUGAUGAAGAACAUUGUUCAAUGUCAAACUAUGAAUAUUAUACACAUUAUCAUCAUUAUUAUCAUGUUCUUUUUCACACUGUUCUCCCUUCUGUAUACCAGUACUAUUAAUGAUUCCAUAAUUCAUUGAAUUUCUUUUUAUAAUUAUUGGAUUAUGCAAAGAAAGAAAUUUAUUUUUGCUUGUUAUUCACAUACUACUAUUAUUAUUACUACUACUACUUUAAACCUCCAUAUUUAUUUCAUUAAUGAAUGAAUAUAAUCACUGAAAUGCCACUAAUAAUGACAAUAUGAUUAUUAUUAAUUUAUUGUAAAGUUGUAAAUGUUUCUUUUUGUGUUCUCUAUUCUUCUGCUUUUUUUGUUUGUUCAAUGUUACAGUUAAAAGAAGAAGAGGAAAAAAAAAUCCAAAUUUUCUAAUUGUGUAUAACUUCAAUUCCGAAUUCAUUAAUAUCCCUCGGUCUCUUUAUCUGUCGCUCGCUCGCUCGCUCAGUCGCUAUGUAUCGCUAUUAUUAUCAUCAUUACAAAGAACACAUACAUAUACAAACAAACAAAUUAACAAUUAGUUACUAUCUCGUAAAUGAACACUUUAUUCAUUUGAUUAAUAACAAGUAAAGAGUAGGACAAUUGCUUAAAUCUAUUGAUUAUUGUUUUUUAUAGUUAUUAUUAUUAUUAUUAUUACCAGUGAAAUGGACAAAUUAGAGACAAUGUUGUUGCUGUAGUGGUUGUUUAAAGAACAACCUCAUCUCAUUGACCAACUGUUUUGUUUUUUAUGUUUGUUUAUUUCUCUAGUCUAAUAUUCUAUAAAAACAAUACAAUUUAUACUACUUACUACCUUGAUUUAUUAUUAUUAUUAUUAUUCUCUUGUUUUAAUGAAUAAUCAAAUCCCUUUGUUUUGUUUUGUCAAUUUUUUUUUAAAAAUUAUCAAAAAUGAUAACAUACUACUAAUAAUUCUACUUUAUGUGAGACAUUGAAUCAUAACAAUAAUCUGAUGAUUGUUUUGUUUUAAUUCAAUAGGAAUUUCACUUUUAAACUAUUCACAUUACUAUCCGGUUUUGUUUUGUUUUUUCUCUCGAACUAUCCAUGUUCAUGUUUUGGUCACAUACACAUUAAUCCUUACUACUGCUACUACUACUACUACUACUACCACCCUCUCUCUCUCUCUCUCGGUUUCUAUUCUAUGCUAUUUCUACAAUAUGAAUUUAUCUUUUAAUUUUAUUUUAUUAUCUACAUUGAACAAUGGCGCGCACAUUAAUUAUUUUAAAAUAAAUAGUCUUUCUUUAAAAUUAAAGACUAAAUAAACUAUUUAUAUCAAUAUGAAACUAAGACAAGAAAUAAAAUUUUCUUACCUCAUUCAAUAAUAAUGAUAAUGAUCACAAAUACUUUUGGCAUGAAUAAUGUUUAUUGAAUUUUUAAUUCAAAGUGCCUGACAAUCAUUUAGGUGUUCAAUAUCCCUAUUUGUUUGUUUGUUUGUUUGUUUGUUUUAAAUGGAGAACUUAGUGUUUAUUUACAGUUGAUUGAUAUUUUCAAUUGUUGUUGGUGUUCAUAGGUUCUUUUCCCCCUCCCCCUCUUUCUCUCUCAAUGUCUCUCUCGAAAUUCAUUACAACAUUAUGCCAGUGAUUGAAUAAAAUAUAUUUGUAUACAGUACAACAAUAUUACUUACAAUCUCUAUUUCUCUUGUUUGUUUUUAUCAGAAUGAAAUUGGCAUGAAUUUUAUCAAUAACAAUAUCUAUACAACUAUGUAAGUGUACGUGUUUUGUACUUAUUAUUGAUUUCUCUAUUCUUUAUACUCUUCUUUCUAUAUUGGUCUUUUUAUAUCUUUCUCUCUUUUUUUUGGUAAGAUAUCCUGGUGACGUUUUCUUUGAUUUUUUUCACAUCACCCUCUUCUAGUUCUCUUUUACACUGUGUUGUUGUUUUUUUCAAUCCCAUUACACGUUUACAGCACUUCAUAUUGCCGUUACAUUUAAAGUUUGUUUUUUUUCUAACUGUAUAUUGCGUAAUGCAAAUUUAUGUGAAUAUAUAAAUAAACUUAUAUAUCUAUCUAUA